AGGCAAGUUGCGAGACGUUGUCAUUUCCUACCACGCUCAAAUCGUGGGUUACCACACUCUCCACGUGCUAUCUUCCCUGCCGCUUCUGCCUCUUCUCCGCUCCUGACUCAUCCCCGUGGUCACACCUGUCUGCCAUCACACCUGUCGCCGCCUAUUCCUACUCAUCACGCCGCUCCUCUUUGCUGGUUGCCGUUCAUGCUUCUUCCUGAAUUGUGGGUAUCCCUUGGUUCCUUCUCCGAGCCACCCCCACCUCUCCCAUCCGAGUACUCGAGGUCAAGCCUCAUCGCCACCACCACUCCCCACCCAGCCCUUCUCAAUGCCCGGACUCGCCCAAGGUCAUCUUUCCAAGUUUGCUCCCAGCAGUGAUCUUCCCAGUCAUCUGGGGCCAGAUCCACGAAACGGUUAUUAUCAACCUCCGGCAGCCAAAUGGUAUCCACGAACGCAUAAGAGGUUGGUGUUGCCAUGGUAGCAAGGUAGUUACACCACCUCCUGAGGUGGUGUAAGUUAACUCGCCCGAAAACUCUUAUUUAAAUAUUUAUGUGCACAAAAUAACUUUUCUUUUUAUUAUUAUUUACAAGCUUUAUCACCAAGAAAGUAUGGUUUUGUGAUGCUUAAAGUGAAAUCUUGCAUGGAACACUGAAAACGAAGCAUGAAAAGGAAGAGGCUGAUUUGCCCCACACGUGCGCGCUCCCCAUUCCGCCUCGCAGCAAUAAGUUUGUAUUGUGAUUAAGUAUUGUUUUCGUCGCUUCUCCUGCAUAUAUUGGAUAUUUUCUUUGCAUACUUCCACGUUCGUGCCUUGAGGCGAGAAAGGCGCUUUUGGAAUCGCCUUGAUUCCUUGGCAUUGAGUGAUAAUGAGCUGAUGCUCAAAUACCACUUCCCUAGGCAGUUGCCAGUGGGUCCUUCCAAAACGUCAUUGGAGACACUGCAGGACUUACGCAAGUGUCAGCAGGGUCUUCGAGUGUGUGUGCAUUGUGUUGAGUGAUAAGUCGGUGCAGGAAAUCAAGAUGCCUUCAACACACCUUGAUCAAAGGAGAACUGCACAGCAGUUCUUCAGGAUCAAAAAUUUCUUAAGAGUUAUUGGGACCAUUGAUGGCACCCACAUUGCCAUCAAGGCCCGAAGAGUGGACGAGGCCCUCUACUUUAACUGGAAAAGCUAUCACUCCCUCUGAAAAUCCAACUUGUUUGUGAUUUGAAUGGAGUGAUCCUCAGCUACUGCUUCAGAUUCCCAGUUGCCUUGGAAAGUGCAUUCCUGGCUGAGUGUGGUGCGUGUGCCUGCUACUCGUGUGGUGGUGCUGCUGCUGCGUGAAGCCUCUGCCGUGGGAACCCACCACAAAUAGCUAAUGGAUUCUGUAUGACGGGAUCAGCAGCAGACAGAAUUGCAGUGAUGUAUUAACAUGCCUAGGGACAGCCUUGGGGGCAUCCAUUACUGGCAGAAGCCCGAGUGUGCUGAGUGACGGGGCGGCAUGACCUUGCACAUCAGAGGGUCAGGCAGUGCAGUGCAGACUCCAAGGCUCCCCAAGUGUACAGCAUUGUUGUGUGUGUGGAUGGGGUGUGUGUGCCAGACUCCUCACACUCUGUAUUGGGCCUUUGUUGGAGGCGUCCCCUGUGAUAUAGUGGACGACAACCUGGAGCUCUGUGACACACUGACAAGGGAGAAGGUUACUUGUCGCUCCAAGGCUAAGCUGGUCGGCCCCAUGAAUGUCACUGUCUGCAUUACCGGAAGAGGAGCGUCUGAAGUGACCAAGAUAGGAAGGUACGUGGACUCCCAGGACAGGCUGUACCAGUUCCUCACAUAUGCUGGUGUGUACAUAUAGUGUGCCUGCACGUGUAUGCAUGUGAAUCUAGUCUUACCUUAUGUUACCUAAACCAGUGUAACCUGACUUUA